UCUUAUCAUCACAGAUUGAACAAAUAACAUCUAGUUUCGUGUAUAAAAGACAGUGACAAAAAUUACAAAGCAUCAGUUUGCUGGGUUACGAGUAGAAGGAAGUAUCAUCAACAACACUUCAAAAGAUGAAAUUCGCAUUGGUACUGUUGGCCUUCGUGGCUGCGGCCUCCGCCAAAAUUGAGAUCCCCAAUUUUGGCAGAGGUGAGCUUUACAAGGACAUCCAAGAAUUCUUGGAUUUGAUACCUGUGGAGAAGGUAGUCGAUAUCACUGUUCAAUACUAUACGAAAGACGCCGAGUUCCAGAAAGCCAUCAAAUACUUCCAAAACCCGGAAUUUAAGCAACUGGUCCAAGACGUAGAAGGCCUGUCUGAGAUUAAAGUUUUGAUGGAUUACAUCCAUAAUGCCGGCAUUGACAUUUACAAGAUCGUGAAUAUACUGAACAGGGCUCUCGAUCUUCCGCCUCUCACUCCGCCUUCCUUCGUUGUGGGUGCACAGAUCACCGGUGGAAUUAGAGGAUAUGUUGAUGAUAUCCUAGCUGUCUUGCCUAUAGAUCAGCUUCAGGCUUUAUACGACAAGAAGUUGAAAGAAUCCAAGGCGUUCGCCGAUUUCAUCGCGCAAUUGAGUUCCGACAACUUCCAACAGAUCGUCAACAAGGUUUACGCUCACCCCAAAACCCAGGAGCUUUUAGAACACGCUAGGAGUUACGGUAUUGAUCUCAUGGUCAUCAAGGACUUGCUGGAGAUUCUCUGGGGCAUCAAGGUUCCCAAUAAGCACUAGAUAAUUCAAUGAAUAUUGUUAUCAAUGCUACAAUAAAAAGUGAUUUCCUUUCUACUAA